UCGAGACGAGUAACAGUGUGUGUGUGUGAGAGAGAGAGAGAAAGAGAGAGAGAGAGAGAGUCUGGAAGCAGAGAUCCAAUGGCGGAAGAUUUGGUUCUGGACACAGCGAUCAGAGAUUGGGUGUUGAUACCACUCUCGGUUGUUAUGGUCCUGAUCGGAGUCCUUCGCUACUUCGUCUCCAAGCUCAUGCGCUCUUCUCAGUCACCCGAUGCCAAAAUCAUCAAAGAAGGGCAGGUGAUCAUUAGGGCUAGAAAUUUACGGGCUGGCGCGAAUUUUAUACCUCCGAAGUCGUUUCGUGCUCGUAGGGCUUAUUUCAGCAAUGAGGAAAAUGGGUUACUUUUUGUUCCUAAGGGCCAGGCUCAGAAUGCACAGGCACAAAUGUUCUCUGAUCCAAACAUGGCUAUGGAUAUGAUGAAGAAAAAUCUUUCAAUGAUCAUUCCCCAGACUCUUACUUUUGCAUGGGUUAACUUUUUCUUCUCUGGAUUUGUAGCAGCGAAGAUUCCCUUUCCACUUACUCAGAGGUUUAGGUCAAUGUUACAGAACGGUAUUGACUUGAGUACCGUUGAUGUCAGCUAUGUGAGCAGUCGCUCAUGGUAUUUCCUCAAUCUCUUUGGAUUAAGAGGUCUGUUUAGUCUCAUUUUGGGAGAAGAAAAUGCUACAGAUGAUACCCAACGAAUGAUGCAGAUGAGUGGAUUUGGUUUUGAUCCUUCUAAGAGUUUGGGGGCAGAGAAAGAUGGUCUGGACAUAGUUCAGCAUGAAUGGGCCCUACCAAAAUUUGAGCAGCGAGCAGAAGCAGUACUGAAGAAACUUGUCAGCUGAGCAAGAAUACUGAAGCAUAUGAUUUUCUACUCCCGUGUGUUUUUGCACCAUUGGGUUCUCUGAUCGUCUUUCAUCUUUAUGCAAUUCACAAAUCAGUCCUGUCGUUUGCAAAGGUUUUAAACUAGCAGAGAAACCAGUGAAAAUUAACAAUUGUAGUUCUCAGUUUGGUGGGUCUCAAGUUCUUGCAGUUUUGUAGAGUCAUCCGCAGUCCUGGUUGUAAUAACUCUGACAAAUGGCUGAAAUAUUUGCCAAUGUACCACUGAAUAAUUGCCCCCAUCAAAUGUAGCAGCACAAUGGUUUUUCCAUGUUUUUAUGUAUUUGAUUUUGAUUGAGGUCAGUCAGUUUUAAGCGGAC